GGAAAAUAUAUAAGGGCAAUCAGCACAAUUAGGUUCCUUGCAACAAAAGCUACUUUGACCCUCUACCGCACAGCAUCCAAUAGCGCAAGGGCCGAAACGACAAUUGAGGUUACCACCAGACCACCAGUACUCGUCGAAGGGCAUUCACAGGAAAGUGUAUCCGGACAGCCACAAUUUGCAGAAACACUACAGUCAGCGUAG